UAAUGCUCGAUUCAUAGUUAAGAAAAAAAUUUAUUCAGGAUCAAUAAUCUUUAAUAAUAUCGUAAUGGCCAUGUGUAACGAUUGAACUGUGACAUUCAACGAUUUACGCGGUUACAAAAGUUUUUCCGGAGCGAUUAGGUUCCAUGGAUUAGCCACAAAUGCGCACCAAGUGCACGAAACUAGAGUGAAGAAAUAUGGCCGCGAUGGUUGACAAUGCGUGUUGCUUGACGAAAUAUCGCCAGUGAUCAGCCAGGAUGAUCGCCUUCUACGUUUCGUGACGAGCGAGGCUUCGCUUCGGUAAUUAGCAUUCCUAACGAUAUGGAGUUAGGCCUGUCCAAUACGGUGCUGGCCGGCGAUCCACGUCUGAUCGAUCAUAUAGUGGGCGAAGUUAAAUCCCAAGGUAUUUUCGAUCAGUUUCGCAAGGAAUGUAUCGCCGACGUUGAUACAAAGCCUGCUUAUCAAAAUCUAAGGACAAGAGUUGAAGGCUCUGUGAAUUCUUUUCUUAGUAAGCAAACAUGGAAGCCAGAUUUAAACAAGAAUCAGCUCAGGGAAACUUUGCGCAAACAGAUACACGAUGCGCCAUACCUAGAUGCUGGUGUGGAACGGAUAGUAGACCAAGUAGUAAAUCCCAAGGUCUAUUCUGUCUUUAUGCCCCAGAUAGAAGAUGUUGUGUACAAAUUUUUGGGUAUAGAAAGACCAAAAGCAAAGGAAAAGAAUGGUUGUGGUCUCAAAGAUUUGUUACCUAAAGAUUUGGACCCAGUUUCACCAGAAUCUGAUAAGAACAGUUUGAAGGAUGAGUCUCUUGAAUCCUUAGACAUAAACGAUACAAGUGAUCUCAAUGGAAAACAGGAUGACAAGGCUGAUGAACAGAAACAAGACGAAGAAUCAUGCAGAGAUAAAAAUAAAGUUGAUUCUGAAAAUGGACACAUAGAGGAAAAAACAUCGGACGAAGUUUAUAAAAUGAACAAAACUGGAAGUAAUUCCAAUUUAAACACAUCUUCAAAAUCAGAUGACAAAGUAGACGAAGAGGAGGAAGAAGUCAGUCCAACAUUUGAGCCUAUUGAUAUUAUGAACUUGAAUGAAUCCAACAUCUCUAAUGAUUCACAUUUAUCAGGAAUAUCGGAAUUAACGAGUCACAGAUCCAGAAGCCCAGAUUUCUCCAACGAAUUGUCGCGGGAUAAUUUCGAGUAUAGUAAUCAAGAUUCUCAACUUAGCAAAGUUUCUUCAGAUUCUCGGCUUUCAAUAGUGACAGAUUUUGGUUCCUCUAAUCAUGAUUUAACUCCAGUACAUGAUUCAUCAAGAGAUGAAACAACAAAGGAUAAAUAUGAGACUAAAAGUAAUAAAGACAAUUUCAAGGCGAUCAGGGAGUUGGAUUCGUCUAAGAACAAAACGAUUAAAAACAGUUUUGACUUUGCCAAAAGUAAAGACGAUUGUAAAGAUACGAAAGAUUUUAAAAGUACUAAAAGUGUAUCUUCCAAAGAAAAUUCUCGUGAUGCUACGGAUAGCAGCAUUAAAGAUAAAUAUGAGCAUAGAAAUAAAGAAAAGAGCAGAGACAGUGAGUCGAUCAAAUCGUCAAAAAGCACAAAAGAAAAAUCCGUUAAAGAUGCAAAAUAUUACAAAGAAAAAAGUAACGAGAAAAAGAAAUCGAGUAGUGAGAAGUGUGAUAAGCACAGUAGUGAAAAAUAUGAUAAACACAGCAAAAGUAAACCGAAAGUUGAGCAGACAAAAGAAAGUUUUGACAAAACUAAAGAUAUUUCUGAAAAUAUCAAAGAUAACGCUAAUAAACUCAAGGACGAAAAACUCAAAGAACCAGAUAAGAAAGAUAAUGUUAAUAAGGAGGUAAAAGAUUUGAAAGAUAUUUAUAAGGAGAAAAUCAGAGAGCUUCGAGAGAAGAAGGAAUUGACAGAGAAAGAAAAAUUGAAUAAGGAUAAGGAUAUUAAACUUAUGAAGGAAGUUAAAGACAAGAAAGAUCCUCUUAAAGAUAAAAAGUCUAAUAAGAAAGAACAUAAAAGUUCAUCAUCAUCGUCAUCGAAAAAUCCCUCUACAGGUUAUCAUGAAAGUAAAAGUAACAAGACGUCGGAAAAAAUUGUGGAUGGAAAAGACAAAAGAUCAGAGUCAAAAGAUAAAGCAAAACGAGACGAGAAACGAUUGUCGAAAGAGAAUAAAAGUUAUUACAGUAGCAAAUCAGACUUAUCGGACAAAUCUGAUAAAUCCGAUUCAAAGAAAAUUUCCAGAAGCGAGAAAGAAGAUAAGAGUGGAAAAGCGGAUGUGAAAAAGGAUGUCAAAACGAGCGGCGAGAAAACAACGAAUGGUAAAAAGGAUGUAAAAAGUCAUUUGCAACAAAGUAAAAGUUCAGAUCGCGCCGAGAAAUCGGAUGGUAGAAAAGAAUCAAAAACCGACAGCCCGUCCAAGGAUAAAAAGCGUAGAGAAGAUAAAAAAUCCAAGACAAAGGAUGACCAUUCAAGUCUGCGAAAAAACUCGAACGAUCGGCGUUCUACCGAUAGGGAUGGCUCGAAUGGCUCAAAUAAUAAGACUUCACCGUCCAACAGUUCAAAUUCUAAUGUGACAAGCAACAAAUCGAGUACAUCGAAUUUGACGAAAGAAAAUCAUGUCAGUAACUCUGGCAGCGAAACGUCGGAUAGUAUUGAAGAAACGCAAGUUAGUGAUUCGAAGUUGUCGCAUCAAUCAAAUUGUAAACUAUCUCAUAAAGUCGAGCCACGACUACCAACAAAUGAUAAGAAUCAGAAAAUGGAAAUUGAUAAUUCCAAUGAGGCAUAUGAUAAACAGGAAGGAAAAGAAGAAGAAGAAAAUACAGACAGCCAUACAAAUUUGCCGUUGAAGAAGAGAUUGCUAUCUAAUAAAGACGACGAAUCAAUUUCUGGUGACGUGAAACUCAAGAAGCCAAAAUUUGCAAAAAAUAUACACGAAGCUAAGAAACUGAUGAAAAUCAGAAAGCAAAUGGAAAAGCAGAAACUUAAAGAAGAUAAGAAAGUAGAGAAGAAAGUUGCACAGGAAGAUCAAAUGAGUCAAUCGAAUACGAAGAGCAUUGAUAAUCUCGAAAGUAUGCCGGAUCAUGAGCGUGUUCAAAUUAUAGAGAUUCCUGACGAGGAGUAUGAAGAACCUUACCCCGAGAAGCACGAAUCCCGUUUAAUGUUGGAUGAAAGAUCAAUAAUAAUGCCAGGAACCGAGUCGUGUUCAAAUGAAUUCUUAAAAGAGCUAAAUGUAACGCAAUCUUCGAGUGAAGCAGUAUCAAGUGUAUUAUUACGGGGAGUACAAGUCACAGAGGAUUCAAAAACUGAUAAGAAACAUGACGUGCCAUCUAAUAUUUCAUCUACUGAAGAUACGGAAGAUUUACAAGCAGCUAAUAAGAAACAUAAGGAUAAUUCUGAAGAAGGUUCGAAGAAUGAGAUAUUCAAACAUUUGACUGAUACAGAAAGAUAUUAUCUGCAAGCAAAGGAAAGUAUUUUACCUAAACUAAAUGAAAUUGCUUCAGAAAAAUCAGAAUCUCUAAAUCAUAAUGAGAAUAAAAUUGUGGAACAAUCAAUUGAGGGAAAUAUGAAGUUACGAGAUAAUCAGACGGAAACACAAGACGAUAACGAAGAGACAAAGAAUGACCGAUCGAAAAUACGAAAUGAUGAUAAAGAAUCAUCGGAUGAAAAGCAGAUAAAAAUACAUGUGUCAUACAAAACUGACAUAAUAGACUCAAAUAGCGAGUACACGGGAACCAAAUCUUCAUCUUCCGUGAUAAGCGAGGAUAAUGAAGAUUGCCGUUACUUCAAGACUGACAAUGAGAAAUCAGAAAGGUUCUCCAACUUUCUAGAAUCUCUAGAACUUGUCGAGAACUCGUCUUUGGAGGACAUAAUAGAAAGUCUAGGUGGCAAGGUAGUUUCCUCGAUGCCGAAAUCUAUGGCGGCACCUCCGUUACCAAAAUUGCCCAAACGUUCAUCCAGUCCUCUAUCAGACAUAUUAGUGAAUAAUUCGGAUAACAACAAUGAUGGCCAUAAACGAAAAUUGUCAUCCUCGCCCAAUGAAGAUGCAGUACACAACGUGAAGAAGAGGAAAUUUACUAAAAAAUCGAGAUUCUCAAAUUUGUGUAAUCCCCAAGGGAUCUCAAAUGGCGAGAACUUUGUCAUGCCUUUGAGCCCCGACAGCGAUGUGUCUGCAACGAGCGACAAAACAGCAUCAUCUACUGUAAUCAAAGAAGAAAAGAGCCGUAAUAGGACCAGUCAUCAACGAUACUCGAGCGAUGACUUGUAUAAACCACGUCCAUUAUUUUCGAGUUCUUCUCGUCGAAGCAGACGAUCUAAUCAAGCAUAGCUAGCGCUCCUGGGAUUCAGGUUAAAUAAGCUUAUAUUUCAUGUGAUUUCUAAGCAUAUUUAUUUCAUUUCUUUACAUAACAAUGCAUAUGUCGAUAAUUCCUUUAAUUUAA